CCCCCAGCCCCAGCGGAGCGGCGCGGGUUGAUCCCGCCCCGGAGCCCUUCUCCGGCCUGCCCGGCAGCCGCCGCGCCGGGCCGCCCCGGCCUCCCCCACCGACACCCCCCACCGGCCGACAGGCAGCGCCCCUGCUUCGGGCGGUUGCGGCCAAAAUCCUUCUGUUUGGAUUCUGAACUAUGACAUCAUGGCAAGAUUUCGCAGAAGAACAUGCAUCAUUUUGUUGCUUUUUAUUUUGUUUAUUUGCUCCAUAAUGAUGGCUUUGAAGACUCUGAGACCUGACAGAGCUGGCUUUGGGGAUCCAUUUGGACUUGGUUUGUUGCCUGAGCUUCAACAACGGACAGUGCUCAUAGACAAUAAACAGAAUUCACUAAAUAGGGUUCAAGGAGAUACUGUAACGCAUGUCACUAAUUUGCAUAGUAUUGCAGUCAAUACCAUGAAACCAUCUAUGCCGCCUGUAAACAAGCUGGAAGAAGAGCUGUCUUCUCCUAAUUAUAACUUCCACAUAUUCUACUAUAGUUGGUUUGGGAAUCCACAGUUUGAUGGUAAAUACAUUCACUGGAACCAUCCGUUGUUGCCACAUUGGGAUCCCAAAAUUGCAAACAAUUAUCCGAAGGGAAGGCAUAAUCCUCCUGAGGACAUUGGGGCCAACUUUUAUCCUGAACUUGGAUCUUACAGUUCUAAAGACCCUUCUGUCAUAGAAGCCCACAUGAAACAAAUGCGUUCAGCUUCAACUGGUGUAAUAGUGCUUUCAUGGUACCCACCUGGUAUGGCUGAUGAAAAUGGAGAACCAACUGAUGGUUUGGUGCCUGUUAUUUUGGAUUAUGCACAUAAAUAUAACCUAAAGGUCACUUUUCAUAUUGAACCUUACAAAGAUAGAGAUGAUCGCAGUAUGUACCACAAUGUCAAAUACAUCAUUGACAAAUAUGGAAGCCAUCCAGCCUUUUACAGGCAUAAGACCAGCACAGGCAGAUUCCUUCCCAUGUUUUACGUUUAUGACUCUUACGUAACAAUUCCUGAAAUAUGGGCAAAUCUGUUAACUGUUUCUGGAUCGCAGUCUAUUCGAAAUACUCCAUACGAUGCAUUAUUCAUUGCACUUCUUGUAGAAGAAAGACAUAAGCAUGACAUCCACAGAAGUGGCUUUGAUGGAAUGUACACGUACUUUGCCACCAAUGGCUUCUCCUAUGGCUCAUCUCAUCAUAAUUGGGCAAGUUUAAAAGCCUUUUGUGAUAGUAACAACUUAAUGUUUAUUCCAAGUGUGGGACCAGGGUAUAUCGAUACCAGUAUCCGACCAUGGAACAACCACAACACCCGUAAUCGCGUCAAUGGGAAGUACUAUGAGACUGCCUUCAGUGCAGCCCUUUUGGUGCGACCAGAAAUUAUUUCUAUUACAUCUUUUAAUGAAUGGCAUGAGGGAACUCAAAUUGAAAAAGCUGUUCCCAAACGGACUGGACAGGUGGUUUACCUUGAUUAUAAGCCCCAUAAACCAAACAUUUACCUAGAGCUUACUCAGAAGUGGUCUGAGAAGUACAGAAAAGAACAAGAACAGUGGCUUAUGUGAGCUGUUGCUGCUGCAGUUAUUUCCUAACGCACUGACUGCAUUGAGAAAGAAAUUGAGAGCUGAAAAAUCUUUUAUUAAAUGUCUUUAUUGUAGAUAUGUUCAAAUUAUUGUAUCUCUUGAAUGUAUAUGCACUACUACUGAAUUUGAAUUUUGAAGAGUAAAAAGAUGAUGAGAAUAUUGUCAUUUCUGUCUUACUGGAUAUCGUAGUUCAAGAAUAUUCAGGGAAAAUGCUGUGUUUUGGUUUGUGUUUUUUUUUCCUUUCAACUUUGUAACUUGCAUCCUGAGCUUCCAGAACAUCUGCAUGGGACAACUCUACAUGACCAAAGUAGAAGAAAAAUUUGGCAUAGUUAUACUUACUUCCUUUAUUCCUGUAUUGUGUUCCUAAUCAAAGUGAUGUUGUAAUCUAAAUUUUAUCCUGAUAGCUUCUUGCAGGAUGCAUGUCUGUAGCGUGUGGAAUAAUCUACAUCUAGUGGUUUUAAUGCUUCGCACACAAGGAGUUCUUGACACAUGGCUAGCUUGUGGUGAAAACACUGGAGAGGUAUGUGUGAUGCAACACUAAUGGUUUUUAAGAAAAACAAAAGUAUUUGAAAGAUUGAGUUCCAAAGAACUGCUGAAAGAUUUCUAGUUUACUUCUGUUUGUUCUGUUCAGUACAGGGUGCAGACCUUUGCAGAUUACUGAAUACUGACCAGUAACGUAGUUUUUUUAUGUUACUUUGAAUCUACAAAAAAAAAAACCCUGUUAGAAACUGAGAGUGGAAAAGAUUUUUCUGAGGAGGAAAAGCCCCUAAACACGCAAAAAGGUAUACUAAAACCUCCAUGUUAUAUGUUACCUGCUAAUUGACUGCAGAAACAGAUCUACUGUGUGUGUUUUAAAAUAUUUAAAGAUUCUAAAGCUAAUAUUUUACUAGUCCUACAAUAAAUAAAAUUUUAGGAAAUGCUUUUUUGUUUCUGAUUUAGGAGCCAGUUCAGUUUGGUAGCAAUGACAGGAACUACCCAUUAGUUUAAUUUGAAAUCUGAGAUUUCUGGUUUUCGUAUAGUUCAUCUAGUUGUUCCAGGAUUCAGAACAGUAGAUACUAAAAUCUUGUUAUCAUUCAAUAAGCUGCCUACAAACACUACCUUUAAUACUGUGGCAUGGCUGGAAAUGAGUGCUUUCAGAACCAAGAACCUCACCUUUCAAAUGUUGUGAUUAUUAACUAUUUUUCUGAAUGAAACUUGAAAGGAUCAAGUCACAUUGACGUGUCUCCUCAGCCAUCUCUUUUUCUGGCAUUUUCAGACAACUUCAUAAAAAAAUCCUGAAUGUUGGGAUAGUAGAAAUUGCAGCAUUUUAUUUAUUUGCAGUAAGUGUUUAAUCUGUAUCAAAGUGGCUUUUUUUUAAGGUUCUUCUGGGGGUUUUUUUGUUGUUUUUUUUUUUUUUUUUUUGGGGGGGGGUGGGGUGGGGUGUGUCUUAUUUAUAUAAAGGUGCUGAUCCUGUGUUUUAGUUCAUAUUCUGGAACUGUUGUGACCACUAGAAUUCCAUUGAUUUCAGCAGGACCUGUGGAAAUUACGCUGUUUACUUGGUUCUUACAGUAAUCUGUCCAUGAAGUUGUAAGGGGAGUGCAAGGACUUCUGGUUAAAAAGAAAACAAACCAAACGAGUAUGUUUUUUCUAGAAACCUUUGUCAUUCCAAAUAAACAUAAGCCAGUUACUACUGAUAUUUUCUAGAGUCUUUCUGAUCUAAAUGUGUGUUUAUGUAUCUUUCACUUAUUUACAGUUUGCUUCUCUUGUCAUUUCUCUGCAGUUGUUAAGAGAUGAGGUGUCAUAUAAUGCCCUCAGCUGCUUGAAAAAAAUUCAGAAACUGGGUGACAGAUAUAUAACCUGGCACGUUGAAGUGUACCUCUAGAGUUAUUGGAGUCUCUUUGUAAUUUUUUUUGCAUUUUCCUACCGCAUUUCUGCAAAGUCCAAAGUGUUUCUGAAAGAAAUGCUUACUAAUGCUUAUCUUGUUUUACUUAUGUUCAGUUGUAUAAACUGCAAGUAGAUAUAGGUAUGACCACAGUCACAAAAUAGUGUCUGAGACACAUGAAGCACUUGCUAGAUUUUUACCACUUCCAAGUUAAACCACUCACUCCCUUUAUUAAGGAAACUGAUUCAUACAUUAUAAAUCCCUGAAAUAGCGAUACAUAAUUUGUUUUUAUAAUAUGUUGUAUGUUUAUGCUUUUACAGCCCAAAUGAGCCCAUAUAUUAACAAUCUUAAAAAUCUUCUGAAAUCAAAUCUUUGAAAGGACAAGUCUCUUUGUUUUCCCUUUGCUUUAACUUAUGUCAUCCACUGGUCUUUCCUUACUAUGGUUGUCUGAGCACUUUAGUAGUUUUGAGAAUCUUGCACUCAGCUUUCAGCUCCUUAUUUUCUCCCGGUGGCAGUUUAUUUUCUCCGUGACUAUAAAAGUUGCUCCUUUUGUUGCUGUUUAUAGAAACAUUCGAAAUUUGUUGUACAGUAUCGUACAACUGAGGUGAUCUAUCUUGGUUAAAAUAUAAUUUACGGUAACAGUGUAAUGGAUCUUCAUUACUAUGAAAGACUUCUGAAUUGUUGUAAAGGUAUCAUUUAGUCCUUGCCAUGAAGUGAUAUGGGCCGUGACACACUGGUGUCUAAUGGGAUCUUUAGAAGAAUUUACAGAAUUUCUGUAGAAAAGAAUGAAAAUUAAGUGCCUAGAAUUCAUCACCCCUGAGCAUUUAAUGUAUUUUUGUGCUUGAUGUGUUUUAGAACAUAAGUAUACAGCCUGAUAAAAUAUUUCAGAAUUUAGUAUUUAAUGUAGUGAUUCUAAGAAGAGCUGAUGGAAUAGCGGCUACUAGAGCUACCCGCCUCUCUGCCCAAUACUUUCUCUGUACUUACAGCAAAUGUUAGUGCUACUUCUUGUUAUAGGGGAUGGAGAGUUUUGCUGAUAGACUGCUGCUGCAGUCAUGAUAGUUUUUGGAAAUUUGAGUAAAAAUAGGUCUGUGGGAGAGGAUUUGUACAAAUACAAAAGAAUAAGAUUGUUACAAGUGCACAGCUAUUGGGGUGAGGGAGGGGGAGGGUGAAUGUAUUUAGAAGGUGAUUGCUCCAAGCUUUACAGUUACAGUAAAAAACAAUUUAAAAAGCCUCCAAUGUGCAACCAAAAUUGGGAAGGGGGAAGAAUUAUGUAUUAUUCGUUUUAGAUCUGAAAUGGAACUUAAGGAAUAUCCAGAUUCUAUUUCACUUUGGCUUCACGUCCCUGUUAUUUCUUGACUAAUUGAAAAAAAAAAAAAACAUUGUAGUGAUUAGUUUUAAUUUUCUUACACUGAUUAAUUGCAUUUGACUCAUCUUGUUACAGUACUUAGAGUAAUAUACUACAUUUAUAUGGAUUAGGCAAGAAACAUUAUGGGAAGUUUUAAUAGCUAUCAUGCCAUGCUAUGCCUCUGCAAAUAUAGGAAUACCUGAAGUUACUGAUCACAUACUACUGACUAUCCCCAGAGGGGAAACGGUUUCUGAGGCCAGUAGCAAGUCUUUGUGGUAAAAGAGAGCUGCUUUUUUAAAGAAAAUCUAUAAGUUCAUCUCUGCUCCUGUCAGUUGUGGUCAAGUACAUUGUUUUAGUUCUGUGAGCUGUCUCAGAACUGAAGUUUAAUGCAUCUUCUCUGAAAUAGGAAUUUAUAUUAAAUCUUGUAUAGUGCAUGUUUCUCAGAUAUGUAAACUAGUACUGAAUUUUGAGGGGAAGAACAUGUGCAUACGCUGUUACUGCUUCAGUGGCAAGCUGUAGAUUGUUGUGAAUGUAGUUUCUGUACUGAUGUUCAUAGUGUUUGUCUAGUGCCUUUCUUUUGAGGUGCCAAUGAUUUGUCUCUUAAGAGGUGGUUGAAGCAGAAGGGUCUGUAGUGAACUCAUUUUUAUUGUGCAACUCGAUACGUAUAAACUGCAUAGUUUGAAUUAACACAUUUUACACACAGUUCUUGAGUUCUCUUGAAAACAUCUCGAGUGUUUUCGGUACUGUGUUGCUAGAAGGAGAACGUACCUCUGGGCACAUGGACAAGGAUGUACUGUAAUUUAGGGCACUUUUUUUGUGAAUCUUGUGUACCUGAAAAGAGGAAAUAAAGUAUUUACAGACAAAUUAUUUACCACUUAAUGUAAGCUGAAAAUCUCUCUCCCAGUGUUAAGGUAUUUUACAAGUAUUGGUCCUCAUCUUUCUACUUGCUUAAGAUAGUGUCAAUAUCUCAUUCCUUUUUGUCUUUUACUUUUGACCAGCAUGGUAAAUAUUACAUAAACUUCUAAGGUGAUUGUAUUUCUGAGACUUCAUUGUUGUAACAUUCAGUAAAGAGAAGCUACAAGAUUAUUGGCACUGCAGAAAAGCCUGAUAUGAAUUUGAUAUUGUAUAAGUAUGAUUGUGUUGUCAAUGGGUAAGUGUAUCUUUGCUAUGUAUUGAACAUGAAUAAAAACCAACCCAAAACAUUUCUUUUAAUACCCUACCUAGCUCUGGCAGAGGUGCAUUUGCUCACAUGCAUAUAUAAAAGCAAGUGUGUGUGUAUGUCUAUUUAUAUACAUUAUAUAUGCAUAUAACUGAAGUCAUUAUUUUUAAAGUACUAUAUCAUUGUAUUAAAAUUACAGGCUGGAUUCUGCUAUUUUUAAGCAAGCAAUGUUUUUAAUUACCUAUGAUGUUUACAAAAAGCCUAGUUGCUUAUGUAUGAAUACUUUCAUGAACAAUAAAUAUAUGCCCACAAAGUGUGAUUUAAA